UGCUAGGGACAUAUAAAGUUAAAAUAGCAGCCUUACAGGAAAUAAGGUGGAAGGGAGCAGGACAAGUAACAGUAAAAGAUUAUGAAAUAUACUUCUCAGGAAUGGUAGACAGACACAGUUUUGGGAGCGGCUUCGCUGUGCACAGGUCGAUGGUACCACAUGUUAAAGAAUUUAGACCAGUUUCGGAAAGGAUAGCAGUGAUGAGAAUAAAAAGCAGACCGAUAGAUCUUAUACUAAUAUGUGUACAUGCCCCCACGGACACAAGUGAAGACCACAUUAAGGAUGCUUUCUAUGAAGACCUGGAUACAACAUAUGAAAGGCUGCCAGGAAAUGUUAUAAAAAUUUUGCUAGGAGAUCUGAACGCAAAAUGUGGAAAGGAAGAACACUUUCUACCAAUUAUAGGUAGUGAAAGCGUUCAUGAUACUAGCAAUGAAAAUGGGCUGAGAGUUAUAUCAUUCGCAGCAUCCAAGGAUAUGAUUAUAAGUAGUACAACCUUCCCCCACAAAGAUAUACACAAAAUAACUUGGAAGUCACCAGAUGGUAAAACAGCCAAUCAGAUUGACCAUGUACUAAUACAAAAGCGCUUCAGGUCCUGUAUCAUUGAUGUAAGAAGCUUUAGAGGGGCUGACUGUGUUACUGAUCACUUCCUGGUACUAGCAACUCUAAGAAUUAACUUAUUGGGUCAUAAAAAACUGAGGGAAAAAAGAAAGACGUAGAAGCAAUUAAGGACUCAGAAAACCAACGAAAUUUCAUGGAAAAAAUGACCUCAACCUCAACUUACAAGAUAUAGACGCGGACUGGAACAAAGUCAAUACAAUUCUUAUGGAGACU